UAUGAAAUGACUAUAUUAGCCGCUAUCAUCAAUCAGUAGCCUGCAUUUGUGCUUCAGCGUUGUUCUUUGGUUUGCAAGGCGCAGGCCAGCUGCACUACCUUUACACCAAUUCUCGUGACUAUGCAGAAGCUACUUCUCUUUUUCGCCCAUUUCUGCUUAUCGUCGUUCGUGCACCCGUUUCCUGACAAAGAAAAUGGAUCUCUUUUAAUUCAAGAGGCACCGACAACUGAUCCUGAGGUGUGGAUGAAUAUUACCAAAAUCAUCCAACUGUACAGCUAUUACACAGAAGAGCAUUACGUUACAACCGAGGAUCAUUAUAUUCUGUGUCUUAUCCGAAUGCAGAACUCUAGUAAAUUUCGUGAAGGCAAUAAGGUGGUCUUUUUGCAGCAUGGUUUAUUUGAUAACGCUCAUACCUGGGUCAAUAACCUGCAAAACCAGAGCUUAGGCUUCAUCUUGGCCGACGCUGGAUAUGAUGUUUGGCUCGGGAACAGUCGGGGUACUAAUUAUUCUCGUGGACAUGCAAAACUCACUACUGACGAUCAAUCAUACUGGGACUUUUCCUGGGAUGAAAUGGCUGAUUAUGAUUUGCCAGCCUCUAUCAACUACGUUCUAUCUACUACCAAAACAAAAAGUCUGGCCUACAUAGGACAUUCUCAG